UUCAAAUGGCAUUGUUAUGUAAUGUGACAUCUUUUGGCACUUCUGUAUUCCAUACAAUGACUCUGUAAUUAGGUGCACUCGACUCGUAUUACUCUUACUGUUAACAAUAGAAGAGAAAAAGGAGGUGAAAAAAAGAAUUAAAUGGUGAAGUAUAAUGUUUCAAAGGUACAUUUGAAAUACGCGCCAAUUGUAUAUUAAAUAUAAUUGGACUUUGAAAAAAAAACCAAUGGAGAGGGAGGUGAUGGAGAAAUCAACAGUGUUGAGAGAUAUUGCGGUUAACAGUUACUUGAAUCAGCUGUAAAGUCACCUGAUUCUCUUGUAGCAAAACUUACGGUAAUCAUAUUUACUGUUUAAGAUAUUAACGAAGAUUUGACAGAAAUUAUUUUGUUAUUAAUUAUCAUAUAAUGCAUAAUAUCAUGAAAUCAUUCAAAGAUACUUUAGCUGGUGCUACAAAUAUUUUAAUUUUAACCGGUAGUGGAGUAUCUGCAGAAUCUGGAGUGCCAACUUUUCGUGGUGCUGGUGGAUUUUGGCGAACAUAUCAAGCUACUUAUUUAGCUACUCCACAAGCUUUUAAAGCUAAUCCAUCUCUAGUAUGGGAAUUUUAUGAAUACAGACGAGAUUUAGCUACAAAAGUGCAACCCAACAAGGCACAUGAGGCAAUCGCGCAUUUUGAAAAGAAAUGUAUGAGUGACAAUAAAAAGGUCACAGUUGUAACGCAAAACAUAGAUGGACUUCAUCAGCGAGCAGGAUCAAAAAAUGUCAUUGAACUGCAUGGAUCAUUAUUUAAAACUCGCUGCACUAGAUGUGAUAAUGUCGAAGUUAAUCAUAAUAUUCCUAUUUGCCCAGCAUUACAAGGAAAAUGUUCACCAAAUCCAGAUGACAUGUCUUCAGAUAUACCUGUUGAAGAUUUACCCAAAUGUCAGAAAAACUCUUGUUUUGGACUGUUACGACCCCACAUAGUUUGGUUUGGCGAAAAUCUUGACAGUGAUAUUCUGGCAAAAACUGAGGAAAUCGUUGAAAGCUGUGAUAUAUGCCUGAUAGCUGGAACAUCUUCAAUUGUAUAUCCAGCAGCAAUGUUUGCACCAAGAGUCGCUGAACGUGGUAAGCCUGUUGCUGAAUUUAAUCUUGAGGAAACUCCAGCCACAGAAAGUUUUCAAUACCACUUUCAAGGUCCAUGUUCUGUUACGCUAGCCGAAGCUUUAAGUUUUUAAAUAAAAUUUUAAAAUCUAGUAAAAUAGGAUUAACAUUAAUGCAUGGAGCAGAUUGAAUUUUUUGCUAACACUCUGUAAAAACAGAAAUCAUUAUUACAUCAUCAUAAUUCACAAUUUGACAAGUCUGCAUACUCAUAAUAGAAAAAAAUGAAAAAAAAAAAGGAUCUAAAUUAUGGAAAAAAAA